UAACAAUAAUAAUAAUGAAAUAAAAUAUGGCGGUAGUGUAAUACAAUUUAUUUGGGGAAUUAUCAUUGAAUAUCUUGAUAAUAGUACAAUACAUGGCUUCAAAUAUAUUGGAGAAAGAAGAUCAAUUAUUGAAAAAUUAUUUUGGAUAUGCAUUUUUAUUAUAUCAAUAUAUGGUUGUAGUAGAUUAAUAAUGAAUACAUGGGAAAAAUGGGAAACAAAUCCUGUUAUAGUUAGUUUUAAUGAAAAAUUUACACCAGUAUGGCAAAUACCAUUUCCGGCAAUUACAAUAUGCCCAGAACGUAAAUUUAUGCAAAACAAAUUUAAUUAUACCGAUGUAUUAUUGGCGUUAAAUAGUACCUCAAGGAAUUUAACAGAAAAAGAAAGUUUAUAUUUAAAUGCUGCUCUUCAAGUCUGCGAAAUGGAUGUACUUGUUGAAGUUUAUUUGAAUUUAUCGAAUACGAAACCGAAUGCAAGUGAUAUUAUAACAGCAUUAAAAGAAAUGCGACCAGAAUAUUAUGAUCUUUUUGAAUGUGCAUGGGAAAAUAAAAAACAACAUUGUGGUCAUUAUUUUGAUGAAAUUAUUACAGAAGAAGGACUCUGUUACAAUUUUAAUUCAUUAGAUCCAAAUUAUAUGUAUAAAGAAGAAGUCAAAGAUAAAAAAGUUAUUAUUGAAUGGAGUUUAGAAAAUGGUUACCAUUCGGAAUCCGGUGAAAAUACAUUUCCUAGAAGAGGUCUUGGUGCUGGUACUAAAGCUGGAUUAUUUUUAAUGUUAUUUGGUUUAAUGAAUCAUUAUGAUAAAUUGUGUCGUGGACCAAUUGAUGGUUUUAAAAUUUCAUUUCAUUCUCCAGACGAAACAGCUGAUAUUUCUAAUCAAUUUAUUCAAGUUCCAUAUGGUCAACAAAUUUUAAUAGCUGUUAAACCAAAAAUAAUAACAACAUCAGAGAGAUUAAGAUUUUAUAAGCCAAAAGCGCGACAAUGUUAUUUUCAAGAUGAACGAUAUUUAAGAUUUUUCAAAUUUUAUACACAAACGAAUUGUGAAAUUGAAUGUUUAGCUAAUUAUACAUUACAUAAAUGCAAAUGUGUAAAAUUUUCAAUGCCAAGAAGUCAAAAUACACCAAUAUGUGGUCCAACAGAUAUUGAAUGCUAUUAUGAAGAUGCAAAUAGCUUAUUAAGGCAACAAUUACUUAAAGGUUAUAAAGGAGAAGUAUUACAUGAUCUUGAUUGUGAUUGCUUACCAGCUUGUACUUCAAUAACAUACGAAACUGAAAUAACACAAGCUCAUUAUAAUUUUGUAUCACAUUAUGGUGCAUUUUUAAAAGAUAUGCCAACAACUGAUAAUAAUACACCUGCGGUUGAAAUGACAAAAUUGUAUAUAUUUUUUAAAGAAGCACAAUUUUUAACAUCAAAACGUUCUGAACUUUAUGGUACAACUGAUUUUCUUGCAAAUUGUGGUGGUCUUUUAGGUCUUUUUAUGGGUUUUUCUUUACUAAGUUUCAUGGAAUUAAUUUAUUUUUGUACAUUA